AUGGCUAACUAUGAAAAAGAGGAAAAAAAAAAAGCCGAAAAAAAUUAUCGUAAUAAUAACGGUUUUAACAAAAAUAUAGAAAAAAUAAAUUCAGAAAAAUGUGAGCGUGCAUCUAUAUUACUUGAUAAUUUGAGUGCAUUGGAUUAUUCAAAUUUAAAUGAUAUCGACAAAAGUAGUAGUAGUAUUUAUAGUGAAAAUUGGAAAGUUCUAAAAACAAAUGAAGGAAAUUAUAUGGAUUCAGUAAAUGUAGGGAAUAAUAGAUGUAAAAGACGUUCUUUAACAUGUAAUAAUUUUACAAAUAAAAAUCAUUUUUUUGAUUCUAGUAUAAAUGAAAAUAAAAAGUUGUUAUAUGAAAGUGAACUGCCCGAUUUUAAAGAUAUAAAUCACCAAAUUGCAAAUAGUCUUAUUAAUAGUUAUAGUGAUUAUUAUUUGGAAAAUGAAAAGAAAGAUUGGAAUAAUUUUAAUAGUGUUUCUAAUUAUAAUAUGUCUGAUUUAGAUAUAUAUAAUGACGAAGACAUAGAUAUAGAUUUAUAUAAGAAUAAAACUAAUAUAGUGGUUGAUGAAGAUGAGAGUCCUUGUAAUGGUAGGUUAAUAAAUUUUCAAAAGCGAAGAUAUGUUAAAAAUUGUGGUGGUAAAAAUGGAAAAUUUGAAUGGGGUAAUGGAAGAGAGAACAUAUUUUAUAAGGGACAUGAAAAUGGAAAUCAAACUGAAGGUGAUCGGAAAAAAAUAGACAAGCAAGAUAAAUAUGUUUUCAAUUUGAAGAGUGGAAAAAAAGAAAGAAUAGAUAUGAAACCAUAUAAGGAUAAAAAUAAAAAAGAUAGGAAAAAAAAUACAACUAAUGAAUGGAAUAAUAAUAAUGAAGAAAAGAAGAAAAUGUUUGAAAAUCAAAUAAGAACAGAAUAUGACAUAAAAUUGAAUAAAAUGAUUGAAAAAUAUAGAGAUCAAGAUGAAGAAAAAAAGGAAGUAACAAAUAUUAUUUAUAAAAAAUAUAUGAAUAUAAAAAAUGAUUUAAUAAAAGAAAGUUAUGAAAAAAACCGAUUAAAAGAUGAAAAUGAAAAAUUAAAAAAUGAAUUAACGGAACUAAUUAAAUCACCUGUUGAAAAUGAUAUGAUGUAUAAUUAUAAAAAAAAAUUAGAAGAUUAUAUGUAUUUAUCAAAAAAUAAAGAUAUAGAAAUUAAAAAAUUAGAAAAUGAAUUGAUAAAUAUGAAGAAUAAGUUGAAUGUGAUUGAAAAAGAAUGUCUUAGUUUGUCUGGUGAAAAAACAAAGUUAAGGGACAGUAAUGAAGAAAUUAAAAAGGAUAACAUAAACUUAAAAAAAAAAUUAGAAACAUUUAAAAUUGUGAAUGAAGAAAUGAAAGAAAUAUUAUUUUAUAAAGACUUGAAAAUAAAUUAUUUUUCCAAUAUAAUAAGUCUUCUCGAUGAAACAAUAAUGAAGAAGGAGAUUCAAAAGGUGACAUUUUCAAAGGUGAGAAAGACAGGAGAAGAAUUAGAGAGCAUAGAUAAUGGUAGCACUGGUUUCCAAAAAAUAGAAGAUGAAUGUCGGAGCUUUAAGGGAGAUAAACAAAUGGGGGCGAUAAAAAAUAUGAAUAAGAAAAUAAUAAUAAAAUCAUUUGUUCAGAAGAUUGAAGACAUAAAUAAAAAAAUAAAAAAACAUAUGAGUACACUUGAUAGUUAUGAAAAUAAAAUGAGCAAUAUUUUAUAUAAUAGUCAUGAAAUUGUGGAAAAUACAAGUGAAAAAAAUAAAAAAGAUAAUGAGUUACUUGACAAAUAUUUUAAUUGUGAAAAUUUGUCUUUUAAUGAAAAUGAGUUAAAUUUAUCUGUAGGAAGUGAUGGGCUAACUACAUUUUUCGCAAAAAGUAAUUCAAAGGAUAAGAAUUGA